AUGAAGACGAAGGUCCUGCAGGCAGCCGGCGUCAAGCGGUGGAGUCCGGCGAUGAUGCGCACCGUGCUAGUCGCCGUCUUGAUGACCAUGCCGCCUCUUCUCGUCCUCUUCGGCGGGCGAAUCGGCGAGCAGGCGAUGUGGAUUAAGACGGCGGUGGUCGGCAUUCAGGAAGGUAAUUAAGACGAUGUCUCCUUCGUUCAGCAGCCGGCGACGUCACACGACAAGCUUCUCGGCGGCCUCUUGGUCGACGGCUUCGACCAAGAAUCCUGCCGCAGCCGGUACCAGUCCGCCAUGUACCGGCGAAACGCCGGCAGGCAACCUUCGAGGCACCUCGUCUCCAAGCUGCGCUUCCAGGAAGACCUGCAGAGGCGGUGCGGCCCUGGCACCGCCGCCUACAGCGCCGCGCUGGAGCAGCUCAAGUCCGGCAAGAGCCCGGCGGCCUCGCCGGAGUGCAGGUACCUGGUCUCCAUCUCCUACCGCGGCCUCGGCAACCGGAUCCUCGCCGCCGCGUCGGCGUUCCUGUACGCGCUGCUCACCGACCGCGUGCUCCUCAUCGACCCCAGCAACGAGAUGGACGACCUGUUCUGCGAGCCCUUCCCCAGAACGACGUGGCUCCUGCCGCCGGGGUUCCCGCUCGCGGGCUACCAGGGCUUCUACCUCCACACCGCCGAGCGGUACGGGAAGAUGCGUGAGAACAGAGUGCUCAGACCGCACGGCUCCGGCGGCGAGGCGGCGGCGCUGCCGGCGUUCGCGUACAUCCACCUCGAUUACAACCAGACCGACUACGACCAGCUCUUCUUCUGCGACGAGGACCAGCGGCUGCUUUCGAACAUCCAGUGGCUGGUGAUGAGGACGGACAGCUACAUCGUGCCGGGGCUGUUCCUCGUCAGGUCGUUCCAAGACGAGCUCGCCGCGCUCUUCCCGGAGCGCGACGCCGUGUUCCACCACCUCGGCCGGUACCUGUUCCACCCGACCAACCAAGUCUGGGGCCUCGUCACGCGCUACUACCGCGGCCACCUCGCGUGGGCGCACCGCCGUGUGGGCAUCCAGGUGCGCGUCUCCCCGUGGGAGCGGGAGUCGCCGGAGCUGCUGAAGACGAUCACGGCGUGCACGCAGGAGGAGGGGAUGCUCCCGCGGGUGCUGGCCACGGAUCACCAAGAGCCUCCGGCCGCCGCCGUGACGGCGGCGAGCGCGCGCCGUGUCAGGACCAGCGCCGUGAUGGUCACCUCCCUCAAGCCGUGGUACUACGAGAAGAUGAAGGGCAUGUACUGGGAGCAGGCGACGGCGACCGGCGAGGUGGUGGUCGUCGACCAGCCGAGCCACGAGGAGCACCAGAUGUACGGCGUGAAGGCGCACGGCCGGAAGGCGUGGGCGGAGGUGUACCUGCUCAGCCUGACGGACAUGCUGGUCACCACCGGGACGUCGACGUUCGGGUACGUGGCGCAGGGGCUCGGCGGGCUGACGCCGUGGGUGCUGCCGCGCAGGGAGGUGAACGGCACCGCGCCGCCGUGCCGCCGGGACAUGUCCAUGGAGCCGUGCUUCCACGUCGCGCCGCUGUACGACUGCAAGCGGUGGGAGGACGCCGGCAAGAUCGUGCCGCACGUGCGCCACUGCGAUGACAUGCCCGCGGGGCUGAAGCUUGUCGACCGAACAGAAUGGUAA